AUGGCUACCCCAGAAUCAUUAAACCCAGCUCCUCUUACUGGUUUAGGAGACCAUUCUUACAAGAAGGUCUUGGAAGAUGACUAUUCAACUGGAAAGUUAAACCUCAAAUUUAAGGGAAACACAAAGAAUUUGGGCACUGCCAACUACAAGGGAUGGUUAGAUCUGAGCAAAUAAUAAUCUAAGCAAGAGACUAAGUUCCAAUUCCCCUACUAGAAAUAUUUCUUCCAAAUUGCCACAAGAGAAGAUGGAGCAAAAGUACACAUCGACUUUGGAGAAGUAGCCAAAGUUGGAAGCAAUGGAAGACUUAAUCUAUUUGCCAAUGCAAAAUUAGGCAGCUCUCAUUUGGGAUAAGCAGUACUCAGAUUUGGUGGUGUUACUUAAUUCAAAUAAGUGACUAGUCACAUACGUUUCGAAUAUAAUCCAAGCAAUGUCGUGAAUGCAUUCAACAGAGCCCUUUGGAAGAAUAACAAUUGGGUCUCAGUAUUUGCAUAAGACGUUCAAGUCACAAAUGGAUUUAAAGUGAGAAGAUUCGACUUCCUCAUUGGACGCCUCUCAUAGAAUUAUGAUGUCUUUUUCAGACACUUGACUUAAGAUCCACAAAAACCCAAAGAAGUGCCUUAAUUACUACAAGGAAAAGUAAUUUUGGAUCUUGUUUACAGAAAAGAUAAAAACACUUUCGGAUUGGAGGCAGAAUACAACUUAGCUAAAUCUUAAUUAAAUGCUUUGGCUGGAGUCUCCACAAAGGUAGAAAAAGUAGAUGUCAAAGCAAGACUCAAUUUGACAUAAAAGAAACUUGCUUUGAGUGGAAAAGGAAAACUGAAUGACAGAUUCAAUUGGACCCUAUCAACCGAAGUACCAAUCGACGGAUCAUCACCAGCCAAAUAAGGUUUCUUACCAGUCCCAAUUGGAUUCACAUUAGAUGCAUCAUUAUGAUCAAUAUUAGUAUAUAUAUAAAAAUAAAAUUUAAUUGUGCUUAAUGUUAGAAUA